GGGACGACGAGGAGGGCGAGGGCGGCAGUUGAUGAGAAAAUCAAGCGGCGACUCUGAACGGCAACGGCACUGAGAGAGAGUGAAGGGACGCGCGCGCGCCCAGGGGAGCGGGCGCGCGCCCAGCUUCUGUAGGAGCGAGCGGGGGCUCCGCUGGACUCCUAAAGUCUGGCUUCUCCUCAAGCAUCUUCUCGCCCUGGACCUGCCCCCUUUCCGGAGGUGGCGGCGGACUUGGGGACGGAGGGUCACUCCGCCCCUUUCCCCGAGGACCCUUGGGAAGAGAGGUGAAAGGGACAGGAGGAAGCAUUUUAGUGGUGGAUCCAGCAUCUGGAUUGCCAAGACUGCAGAAUGGAAGGACUCUAAGUGAAAGACGAAUCCUGUUUCAGCAUGGAGAUUGCAUCAUUUGAAGGGGAGCCUGAUAGAGCUUCACAUCAUGGUGAUGUCAAAGACUGUCAGGGAGCCCCAACUGUGGUAAUGCACAAUGAUGAAUCUCAUGCUCUGACUUCAGGAAAAAUGAGCCAGCGUCAGGGGAAAGAAGGGUAUCUUACUCCAACCAAAGAACUACACCAGCCAUCAUUGAGUCCAGGAACAGUGCAUGGUCAUGGUUUUGACAGAGGAAAAGAUGAUGCAUCACAAAGUAAAGAUGAUUCUCCACAGUCAAUGUCAAAAAGCAAGUCAGAAUCUAAGCUUUAUAAUGGAUCAGAGAAAGACAUUACUACCACUUCCUCCAGCACCUCUUCAGCUACCAAACUCACAAAGAAGGAGUCUCUUAAGGUUCAAAAGAAAAAUUACAGGGAAGAAAAGAAAAGAGCCACAAAAGAAUUACUUAGCACAAUUACAGACCCAUCAGUGAUUGUUAUGGCUGACUGGCUUAAGAUUCGUGGUACACUGAAAAGCUGGACCAAACUUUGGUGUGUGUUGAAACCAGGAGUACUGCUUAUUUACAAAACUCCUAAAAAUGGCCAGUGGGUGGGAACAGUGCUUCUGAACGCUUGUGAACUCAUUGAGCGGCCUUCAAAAAAGGAUGGAUUUUGUUUCAAACUUUUCCAUCCUUUGGAGCAGUCUAUCUGGGCUGUUAAGGGACCUAAGGGUGAAGCUGUUGGCUCUAUAACACAGCCAUUGCCCAGCAGUUACUUGAUCAUCCGAGCAGCUUCAGAAUCAGAUGGUAGGUGUUGGAUGGAUGCACUGGAGCUGGCUCUGAAAUGCUCAAGUUUGCUCAAGCGUACAAUGAUCAGAGAAGGUAAAGAGCAUGAACUGAACUUAACAGACAAUGCACAUGUGUCUUUCUAUGGCCUACUCCGUGCAAACAACGUCCAUAGUAGUGAAAGCUUCCCGUUAAAUGAUGGUGAAAUUGAAAGACAUCAUUUUAAAGAUCCAGAUAUGUAUUCUGAUAAAUCAGACAGGGAAAAUGAUCAUGAUCGUGAUGAGUCAGAUAAUGAUGGCUUGGGAGAAAGUGACACUGACACCUCAGAGCGACAAGAUGACUCAUACAUUGACCCUGAACCUGAUCAUGUCAAGGAAACAACCUAUUUAGAAGAAGUUCAUGAAGAACUUGGGGAGGCUGGAGAAGCUUCCCAAACAGAAACUGUUUCAGAAGAAAACAAGAGUUUGAUCUGGACACUGUUGAAACAAGUACGGCCAGGAAUGGAUCUCUCCAAAGUUGUGCUACCUACAUUUAUCUUGGAAACACGCUCUUUCUUGGACAAACUUUCUGAUUACUACUACCAUGCAGACUUUUUAUCAGAAGCUGCACUUGAAGAGAAUGCUUACAAGCGUUUGAAACAAGUUGUGAAGUGGUAUUUGUCAGGAUUCUACAAAAAACCAAAGGGACUUAAAAAACCCUACAAUCCUAUACUUGGUGAGACCUUCCGGUGUUUGUGGGUUCAUCCAAGGACAAAUAGCAAGACUUACUAUAUAGCUGAACAGGUAUCUCAUCACCCUCCAAUAUCUGCCUUUUAUGUGAGCAACCGAAAAGAUGGAUUUUGCCUCAGUGGUAAUAUUUUGGCCAAAUCCAAGUUUUAUGGAAAUUCAUUAUCUGCCAUUCUGGAUGGUGAAGGGCGACUGAUGUUCCUAAACAGAGGAGAGGAGUAUGUAAUGACCAUGCCAUAUGCACAUUGUAAAGGAAUUCUGUAUGGAACUAUGACUUUAGAGCUUGGGGGAACUGUUAGCAUUGCAUGUGAGAAAACUGGAUACAGUGCAGCACUUGAAUUCAAACUGAAGCCAUUUUUGGGCAACAAUGACAAUGUUAAUCAAAUAUCAGGGAAAAUUAAACUGGGAAAAGAAGUUCUAGCAACUCUGGAAGGCCACUGGGACAGUGAAGUUAUUAUUAGGGACAAAAAGACAAAUGUUUUGGAGACAUUCUGGAAUCCAACACCUGAGAUCAGACAGCACAGAUUAAGAAGACACACAGUGAAGUUUGAGGAACAAGGUGACUUUGAAUCAGAGAAACUUUGGCAACAUGUGACUCGAGCUAUAAACAACAAAGAUCAAGCAGAAGCAACUCAGGAAAAAUACAUCCUGGAGGAAGCACAGAGAAAGGCUGCCAAAGAAAGGAAAGCCCAGGAUGAAGAGUGGGUAUGCAAACUAUUUGAGCCAGAUCCAGUCACAGGAGAAUGGAAUUACAGAUAUGCAGACACAAGACCAUGGGAUCCACUGAAUGAUAUGGUACAAUUUGAAAAAGAUGGUGCCAUUCAGACAAAAGUCAGACAUCGAACUCCAAUGGUUAGUGUGGCAAAGAUAAAGAGGUCUGCUAAAUCUAAGAAAGGGGAGUGUGGCUUCUCUUCACCAGAACCUGAUAAUCAGGACUCAUCUGAAAGUGAAGCACAACUCAAACACAAUACAAGAAUUCGAAAGAAGACACUAGACCUUGGUGAACUACAAAGUGCCAUUGAAUCUAUAAAGGAAACACAGGAAGACAUUCGGAGGGACAUCACGGCUCUAAGAACCCGAAUGACUUCUAGCUCACAAGUUCCAGAGAAUAGCUUCUUUCAAUUCAAGCACUAUGUCUUCAUUUUACUGUUGAUUCUGCUGCAGCUUAUAAUCAAUUACUUGUUUAAAUAGAAUGCCUGGACAGAAGACUAUAUGAAUUGAAAUGAUUGUCUUCAACGUGGGACCAGAUUUUAAACUUGGGUUGGCAUCAUAUAAGGCAAUAUUACCUAAAACACAGUAGCCCAGAGGUUUCAGGCCUUUGCCUCUAAAACCUGAGCUCAAAUAGAGCAAUAUCUGUUAUAUUCCGUCCUAGCCAGAUGAUGUGGACAAUGCUUAUGUGCCAGUAACUUUCUUUUGCAUCUUUCAAAUGUCAGAAAACUGCCUUGCAUUUUCCUAAGUGUUGUAGACUGUAAUGAUAAAUAGCAGUACAAAAUGUUAGGAUGUGAAUUGAAGGCAUCUUUUUCAUUAUAACUAUAUAAUCCCAAGUGGUCAUGUUAGCAAGACAAGUGAAUCCUAAUUCAAGACUUGUUCAAAGUUUAAUGGAAUCUUCAUUCAUUCAUGGAAAUUGGCAUCCUGUGAUGCCUAUUUGGAAAGUUAACUUUUGCCCAGAAAUAGACUGCUCAGCUGUUCAUUGCCAUUAAAAGAUAUUAAGUGAUCAGUCCAUCAGCAUUUCAUUAACCACACAAUAUUUUAGUGGUCAUUAAUUAGCUGUUUUCUUCAGUUUAUGAAAAUGGACUUCCAUUGAAAGCAUUAGUCAGUUAAUGAGAAAUACCAUAAGAACUGUCCAGAGAAGUGCUUGGAUAAUUUUGUAUGCUAAAUUGCAUCUCCUCUUGACAAACUGUUGCUUGUAUUUUGAAUAACAUCAGAAACUCUUUAUGCUGCGAUGCAGUUGGUACUGGCUGUGGAAGACUAACUUGGUGGAAAAAUAGAAGCUUUGCUAGAUGUCAUUUAGGUUUUCUGAAUUGUGUACCUGGGAUGCUAGGCAGAAUUAAAAUGUCAUCCUCCAUAAACAUUGCAUUUACCAGAUCAGUUUGAACCAUCUGAAUGUAAUUGUGUCUGAAUAUGGUGCAAUAUAUAGCCUUAGAUGACGACCUCAUAGUUCCAAGAAUAAUAUCCCGGAGCCAGUGGAACUGCCACUCAAUGCCCAAAUCCUAGUACAUUGCUCUGUGACUACUGUAUGUUAAAAUACAGACUUACUGGUUGAAUUUGUGCAAUUGAAAUCACCCAUGCAAAUCAGGACUAGAUUGAUUAACUAUUAAACUCCAAAACCCAAAUUAAUUGAAACCUGUAUUGAUUCUUUGUUUGUUUUGGAUAGCAUAUUGGGUGCUAAUUUAAGAUGCAUGGUAAUAUGUAGAACAGCACAAAUCUCCAUUCUUUCGUGAUCUAUAUAAUUUUAUAGCAAAUAGAAACCUUUUCAUUAAGAGAUGCAUACAUGCCACACAGUUGGCCUAUGUAGGAUUCAGAUGGUUUUAAGAUGCUGUCAGUUUUUUGUUUUUAUAUAGCCCAAAAUAGAUUAAGCAAAGUAAGAUAACUGCAUUAGAAUUAAACAUAUUUAUCAAGAAAUUUAUUUCUGAUUAAUAUUUGCAUUUCUUUAUCUUUUCAAUCUUCUCCUUUUCUUUUACUUUGUGGAGUUCUUGCCAGAUCUUUAAAGAAAAAAAAAGAAAGAUGACCCUUAAAUAUACAGAGGAACAUUUCUCCAAUUCUGUUAUAGGUUAUUAUGAGGUUUCUAAAGUGCUGCAGUAAAUUGAUAUUUAAUAUAGUUGUAGCAGACUGGUUCAGCCUGCACAGCCAUGAUCCAAAUAUUUUGGAUCAGAAGUUGUUGCAUUUGUGCAUGUGAAUCAGUGAAGUAUCUGACAGUAGAACAGAAAUAUAUUAUGAAAAGCCAGUUUAUGUGUUCGUAACAAGCUAUGAAUCCUACAAUAACCAUCAGUUAAAUCUUUCUAUAAUUACUUUACUUUCACUGCCUUAGCCCUAUGUAUGAGAAUGCAGUCAUACAAUAUUCUGUCUUUGCCUGCUUGCUCUUAAGUUUUGUUUGUAGACUUCCUUUGUAAGGUACAACUAGAAAUGUUUCAAUUGCAACCUUCAAAGACAUUUCUUACUCCUUUUUUUAAAAGCAAGUGAAGGGUUCUUAAACUGUUACAAACUUAAAUUACAGGAGUUCAGUAUUCUCCUGUGUCAAAUACAGAAAAGCACAGCCCUUAAAGCCCAAAUUCCUACUUUGUUCUUUCUCUAAUAACUUUCCUGAACAAAGGAAUUUAUUGACUGAUUACUUUUUAUAUGAUAUGGAUGAUUAUGGGCCUAGUUUGUGAAAUGUAUAACAUUUAGGCAUGUGUAUAUGACCUUAAAUUCCUUCAGAUUGACUGUUUUCUUCAUAUAGUUUUAAAGAGACGGUAAUUGUACAGUUUGUAGAAAUGAGAGGAUAUUGGCUUCCCUACUGAUCUUUAGUAUUUAAAGAGCACCUGAUUUCUCACUUGAUGAUGUACGACUUUCCUUAGAAAAUACUCAAAUUGCUUGUUAUUGCCAGUUUAUGGCUGUUUAAAAGAAAUGCACUAUAAGCCUUUAAUAUACCAUGUAACCAUUAACGUAAUUUAAAAGAAUUGUGUUUUGUGUAAAAUAGUUUUAGGAGCCUGCAAUACACAGUGUUUCUUGUGUUUCACAUGUUCAGUUAGUUUUUAACUGUUAGGCAUCCCUGAAAAGUAUGCUCGCUUUUCAUGAAAACAUUCUGACAGCUAACCUGUACAAAUAAUUUUACUGUUCACUGCCCUCUGGUGCCUUUGGGAAAAUCUUGCCAAUUCAAUGUUAAUGAAGUGAAAUGAGAGUUAAAACAUAUUUGUUUAAUCUACCAUGAUGGUAGUCAUUUGCUUAAACAGUUGUUUCUUCAUGAUUUUUAUUCUAUUGUAAAUAUAAUACUUCUAAAAUUACUGAAUACUGUGUUUCUAAUAUAUCCUCUGUUUGGGGACAUCUUUUGAGAGUAGGUCAUCAAAUACUUGAGUAUUGUAACAGUGCCUUGAUGGAGUUCACACAGAGAUAUGUAUUUGUAAAGAUGAUGUCAAGGUUGUGCCAUAUUUAUUCUUAAAAUUUGUGUAAGCUCUUAUACUAACAACAUUAAAUUUCAGAAAAAAAGGUAACACAAAACUACAAAUACAGAUCAUUUUUUUCCUUUCAAGAUCUAAUCAUGACAACAAAAUUUCCAAUUUUUGGAAUGUUUAUUCUUACAAUGAGGCUGCAAUGCUUUGUGAUACUACAAAAUAGCCAUAAUAAAACAAUAACAUCACAAACAGACAAUUUUGGCUUAACUUUUGUUUUCAUAGAUAAAAACAUAAGACAAACUUUUGUGGACAAAAGCAUGUGUUGGAUGCCUGCAAGAAAAUGACUAAGAAUCAAAAGAUUAGUACCCAACUCUUGAUGAAACCUGUGGAAAAAUAAUACUUCUACUGGCUGCCACAUAUGAACAUUUGGUAGAUUUAAACUUUGGCUGAAAUCUGGAAAGCACUUUUUAAAUGUAUAGCCUUCUGCUAUUCUUGUUCAAUUUCUUCUAUUUUCACGCAGUUCUCACUAGCAUUUUUUAAAAAAAAACCUCUCCCCUUUUUUAUUUAAACACAUUACUUGGAUUUUUAUACUGUUACACAUUUUUAGCUGAAAAUGGGCUGGUGUACUAAAGCUAUACAGGACCAGUGUUUAGUCUGAUGCAUACAAUAUAUGUAAGGAAAAGCCAGAAGUUACGACAAAAUGUGAAUGCACUUACUCAAAUGCACUUAUUCCUGUAAGAGUUUUGUUUGUUUCUGCAUAUCAUGUAAAAUAACAUCAUUAUUGCAUUGUUCUUUUUCUUUUUCUAAAUCAUGCUGCAUGCAGUGUGAUAGGACAAAUAAGUAAUUCCUUUGAAAGAACUGGAAAUUGUGUGUUGCAUGCUUAAAUGUACAGCUGAGUUCAACAACUUGUUUAAAAGGUUAUUUGUAAAUGAAAGGCUCAACCACUGGUCAAUAGUUUUGUAUAAUUAAAUAAAGAGCUGUGAUCAAGAAUA